AUGACACUUGCUUUAAGAGCAAAAGACAAGUUAGGAUUUGUAAAUUGUAGUGUGCAAAUUCCUCCUGUUGGCUCCACUGGUUUUGAGAAGUGGAUGAGAGUUGAUAGCAUGAAACUAUGGGAUAAACUUGGUAUUUUAAAGCAUCAUCUAACUAUUUGUGAAUGUGGUGUUUUGAUUCUAGGCAGGUUAGGUGAAAUGGAUUUCUUUGGUUUUGCAGAUGCACGUUUCUUCACAAAUAACUUCAAAUCUGCUUCUUUUACCCGCCUUGAUGAUGCCAUUGCUUCCUUUAAUCAUGUAAUUCAUAAGCAUCCUCUGCCUUCUAGGUUUCAUUUUAAUAGAUUCUUAUCUGCCCUCGUGAAAAUUAAACAAUAUCACACUGUCCUUUCCAUGUCCAAAACAAUUGAAUUGCUAGGAAUCUCUCACGAUCUUUAUUCUCUUAACAUCUUAAUUAAUUGCUUCUGCCGCUUACACCUUGUGGAUUUUGGCUUCUCUGUUUUUGGUAAGAUGCUCAAAUUCGGAUUGGAGCCUGACGUUGUCACGUUUAAUACCUUAAUUAAUGGGCUUUCUAUAGAGAGUAAAAUGGACAAAGCAUUGGAAUUUUUCGAUGAUAUGGUUGCACGUGGUUAUCAACCUGAUGUUUAUACUUACAAUACCAUAAUAAACGGAAUGUGUAAAUUUGGGAAAACAAAUGUGGCUAUUGGGCUACUAAAGCGGAUGGCUGAUAGAGGUUGUGAGCCAAAUGUUGUGACAUACAGUGCAAUCAUUGAUGCCCUUUGCAAGGAUGAGCUAGUUGGUGAGGCUUUAGAGCUCUUCUCUCAAAUGAGGAAUAAGGGCAUUUCACCUGAUGUCAUCACUUACACUGGUUUAAUUCACGGCGUUUGCAAAUUAGGCCAAAAGAACCAAGCUUUGGCCUUGAUGAAUGAAAUGGUGGAGCAGAACAUAUCACCUGAUGUUUAUACCUUCAAUGUAUUGAUUGACGCUCUUUGUAAGGAUGGGAUGGUUUCAGAGGCUCAAAAUACAUUCAAUGUAAUGAUUCAAAGAGGUGUAGAGCCUGAUGUGGUCACCUACAAUUCCUUAAUUGAUGGUCUUUGCAUUUCAGACCAAUUCAAGGAAGCUUUGACCUUGUUGAAAGAAAUGGUGGGGAGGAACAUAUCCCCUAGUGUUUUUACCUUCAAUAUAUUGAUCGACACUCUUUGUAAGAAAGGACUGGUUUCAAAUGCACAGAAAAUAAUCAAGAUAAUGAUUCAAAGAGGUGUGGAACCUGAUGUUGUCACUUAUAAUUCAUUGAUGGAUGGAUAUUGUCUGUGCAAGCAAAUUGAUAAGGCUAGAAAGGUAUUUGAUCUGAUGGUGACCAAUGAAAUAGCUGACAUUUUAGGCUACAACAUUUUGAUCAAUGGAUAUUGUAAGUGCAAAAUGAUAGAUGAUGCAGAGGAACUUUUUGAUGAAAUGUCUCAUAAAGGUUUAGUUCCUAAUGUUGUUACUUAUCAUACUCUUAUAAAGGGUAUGUUUCAAGCAGGGAGGCCCCAAAAUGCAAAAGAGCUUUUUAAGGAUAUGUGCUCUCAUGGUCAACAGCCAGAUAUAGUAACCUUCUCAAUUAUGAUUGAUGGCUUGUGUAGACAGGGGAAUCUCGAUGAGGCACUCACACUAUUGAAAGCAAUGGAGAAAAGUCAGUUGAAGCCUAAUGUUGUGAUCUAUAGCAGUCUGAUCAAUGGUAUGUGCAAAGUUGGGAAGAUUAAUGAUGCCAAGGAACUUUUUUCUAGUCUUUUUGAAAUUGGUUUACAACCUGAUGUUUAUGUAUAUAACGCAAUUAUGAAAGGACUCUGCCAACAAGGAUUAAUGGAUGAAGCGUAUAAGGUAUUUAAAGACAUGGAAAAGGUAGGAUGUUUACCAGAUAAUUGUUGUUAUAAUAUCAUCAUUCAAGGGUUUCUCAAGCAUGAGGAUUUACCAAAAGCAUCAGAACUAAUCAACGAAAUGGUUGAUAAGGGGUUCUCUGCUGAUGAUGCUACCACAGAAUUGGUAGUAUAUUUAUCGCGGAAUAAUAAUCUCAUUCUGAGGCUUUUAAAGGUGCGCAAUGAGGGAUCAGCAAACUAAAGUUGUUAUAUCUUGACCAUUCAUGUGUAUCUUGGAGCGCAACUUGACAUGGACUAGAUCUCUUUGAUAUAAGAUUGUUGAUGAAUGGAGGUCAUGGAUUUCUAAUCAUCAAGUUGCUGGUACUUGCAAGGAUAUGACUACAACUUCACCUUUCUAACUAUAAAGGGCGCAGGAUAUACAGUCCCAGAAUACAAGGUAAGAGAAUCACUAGACUUCUACAGCUGUUGGUUGGAUGAAAUGUCACUAAAAUUAUAGACAACAGAAAAUGUUAUGGGAAUUGAGGGAAAAGCAAACAUCCUCUUUGUUACCUUUUUUUUUUCUAGUCAUCAAAUUGGGUAUAUAUAUAUAUAUAUAUAUAUAUAUAUAUCCUUAAUUUCUUUUAUUUUCCUUCAAGUCAAAUCAGUGAAAUCAUUGCAUUAGCGUCUAAUAAUAUGAAGUUCACAAUCUUUUCCAAUGAAAUCAAUUUUUUAACAUGAAAAUUUGAAUUUUAGAAAUGCUUGUGGAAGGUAUAUAUAUAUUCUUCCCUUUGAGAUUCUUUACUUUGUGCCAAGUUGAUUGGAUGUACUGUUUGAGACGUUAGUUAAGUUAGGCAAGAAAAGUUGUUUUGGUUGUUUCUUUUCUCCUUUCAGCAGUAUAUAAUGAGACAUCUUAUGUUUUUUUACCACUUUCUAAACCUUGUAAUAUACUCAAUAAAAUUUUCUUUGGGCUCUUGUUUGUA